ACUCGCCGCAGCGGCGUUCGAGUAAACGUUUUGAAACAUGUCCGGACCCAUAGUCGAUCGCACGCAGACACACGGCGACGGCCCGGUGCAGACGGGUGCACAAGUGACUUGCGCGUACUGCAACGAGAGUGACAAACUGUCGAGGUGCUCGCGCUGCAAGGCCGUGUUCUACUGUACGAAGGAGCACCAGAGACGCGAUUGGAAACGUCACCGGGAGUUCUGCGCGACACAUCCCGCGGUCACCGCGUCCGCGGAGGAACCGAUUUCCGUCGCCGCGAACAGGAAAUCGAGCGGCGAGAUCCCGUCCAAGCGGCAUCCCUCCGCCGUCGGCAAUCACCAUCGAGCCUCGAACGCACUGAUUCAUAACCUAAACGGUACCUCCUCGGUCUCGGACGCAUCGUGGGAGCACUCGAACGUCACUUCGGAGCCGUGUCGGAACGCGAAACAUUCGGCAGAUUUCCCUGCUGCGCAAGGAGAAAAAGGCGUAUCGAGUCAACAAAAGCGGAAAGAGAAGUUAAAUCAGAAGCUUAAGAAGAAAUCAAAUAACGGAAGUACCAGGAGUGUGCGGAAUAAUAAGGCCGAUGGCUGGACGUCGCCUAUAACGUACGAGGGAAGUUCCGAGGACACUAUACUAGGAGCUCGAGCCGAGCUUCUGAAUCCGAUUUUAGAGAGUUCAAGAAUUUCUGAUUUGAAUUUAAGCAACGCGGAUCUUGGCUCGCCCGUUCAACGUCACAACGGUAUGAAGAACUUCUCGGAGAUACAGGAUCAGGAAGAAGAACUUUUGCCUCCUUUUCUACAUAGGAAUAGAAAUAAUCUCGAAGAGUUUAUAGACAAAAUUUGUCAAUAUGUGAUAAGAGACAUGGACAUGUAUGGCGUAUGCGUGGUGGACAAGUUUUUAGGCAUGGAGAACGGUCUCAAAGUGCUAAAUGAAGUUUUAAAUAUGUACAGUGCCGGGUUGUUUCAAGACGGACAAUUGGUUUCUAAUAAAGCUAGUGCAAACGAUUUAAAGACGAUACGAGGCGAUCAGAUAAUAUGGCUGGAUGGAAAGGAAGAACAGUGUGAAAAUAUUGGCACGCUGAUAUCACGGGUCGAUGCAAUCAUCAUGAGAGCCAAUAAGAUGCACAAUAACGGCAAAAUAGGAAACUAUACUAUCAAUGGAAGAACAAAAGCGAUGGUAGCUUGUUAUCCUGGUCACGGUUCGCAUUAUGUGAAACACGUGGAUAAUCCUAACCGAGACGGGCGUUGUAUCACAGCCAUUUAUUAUCUCAAUCGAGAUUGGGAUGUCAAGGAAAAUGGUGGACUUUUAAGGAUAUUUCCUGAAGGCUGGCGCGAUCAAGUAGCAAACAUAGAACCUUUAUUCGACAGGAUAUUAUUCUUUUGGUCAGACAGAAGAAAUCCACACGAAGUGCAACCAGCGUUCAAGACGAGAUAUGCUAUUACGCUUUGGUAUUUCGAUGCCGAAGAAAGAAAUCAGGCUUGCCGAAGAUAUCAAAGAGAAAGAGAACUACAUACGAAGAAUAGUUCGUGAGACAUAGAGUGUGAAGAACUACUACGCCGUCCGAUUGGACUGAAGUUACAUUUGUACAUAAAAUAUUAUGUAUUAUUAUGUAUUAUUAUGUAUUAUUAUGAUAAUUCUUGCAGGAGGAAUUGAAUAACGAA